AUGAAGCUCUACACACAAGUUAUCCUGCUGGCCGUGACCCUCUUCAGUGUCACUGCUGUGCCUCGUACCGGUCUGGAGACCACCCUCUUCCGAAUGGUUUUGGGUGGUGAGGUGGAGCCCCGGGCUCUGACCCCUGCCGCCCAGACCUGUGCCAACAACUAUCUGAAUGCCACCCAGAAGAACGGCGACAUUCUGGCCAACUCCACCAAUGCCUGCGAGGAGGCAGCCAAUCGUACUAAGGUGGCCUAUGUCCAGAGCAGCAACACCACCGUCAACCAGAUCCGGGCCCAGCUCCUGAGCCUCGAGCAGAACCUGCAGCUGUGCCGCAACGAGACCGACUCCGCCAGGUUCCUCAACUGCACCGUAUCGACAUUUGACCAGAACCUGCAGCUGCUGGACACAUCCAACUCGCAGGCCUACACCGCCCAGACCCAGUUCAACUCCAACGAGACCCAGGUGAGCGCCGCCAGGACCAAUUGCAUCAGUGCUGCCGUUAGCGAGGCCAAGGUUCAGUCCAUUCAAAUCGCCAAUGAUUUCGACACCUGCCUGGCCAAGAUUUCUGAGCAAAGGGAUAUGAUUCAGGUAGAGCAGAAGCCACAGCCCUUCCUGCCUGCCCAGAUUUCCAAGGAGCAGGUUCCAGAGAAGCACCAGCAGGAGCUGGAGGAUAUGUCUCUGACCAACUAAGC